AUAACAAAAUCACAUGCUUCUAGAGCAGCACCUACUGCUAAAGAAACCAGCUCAGAGAAGCCGGAGGAAGCAGCACCGAGCACACAGAGAGACGGCGGCAGGUAAGGCUCAGCCGGAGAAGAGCCGAGCAGUGAGCGAGUAAGACUAAUAUCAGAAGCAGCGAGAUGAGUAUAUGGAACUACGUCGUAACGGCACAAAAACCUACAAAUGUCACUCACUCGUGUGUCGGCAAUUUCACCGGUCCUCAAGAACUCAAUCUCAUCAUUGCGAAAUGCACUCGCAUCGAAAUUCAUUUACUCACUCCUCAGGGCUUACAGCCUAUGUUAGAUGUUCCGAUAUAUGGAAGAAUCGCGACACUUGAACUAUUUCGACCACAUGGUGAAGCACAAGAUUUUCUGUUUAUUGCCACAGAAAGAUAUAAGUUUUGUGUUCUUCAGUGGGAUUCUGAGGCGUCUGAGCUUAUUACGAGAGCGAUGGGGGAUGUAUCAGACCGUAUAGGUCGUCCAACAGACAAUGGCCAAAUUGGCAUAAUUGAUCCAGACUGUCGAUUAAUUGGACUCCAUUUAUAUGAUGGGCUGUUCAAGGUCAUUCCUUUUGAUAACAAAGGCCAGCUCAAAGAAGCUUUUAACAUAAGGCUUGAAGAACUUCAAGUUCUGGAUAUUAAAUUUCUAUAUGGUUGCUCAAAGCCAACAAUUGUUGUCCUCUACCAGGAUAAUAAAGAUGCUCGUCAUGUUAAAACAUAUGAGGUUGCUCUGAAAGAUAAAGAUUUUGUGGAGGGUCCAUGGGCUCAGAACAAUCUAGACAAUGGGGCUGAUUUGCUAAUACCAGUGCCGCCACCUCUUUGUGGUGUUCUUAUUAUUGGUGAAGAAACAAUUGUCUAUUGCAGUGCAAAUGCAUUUAAAGCUAUCCCGAUAAGGCCUUCAAUCACAAGAGCAUAUGGAAGAGUUGACGCUGAUGGUUCUAGAUAUUUACUUGGCGAUCAUGCUGGGCUUAUUCACCUUCUUGUCAUAACACAUGAAAAAGAGAAGGUUACUGGGCUCAAAAUUGAGCUCUUGGGAGAAACUUCAAUUGCGUCUACCAUAUCAUAUCUCGAUAAUGCAGUUGUGUACAUAGGUUCAAGCUAUGGAGAUUCACAGCUUGUAAAGCUAAAUCUACAACCUGAUGUGAAAGGUUCAUAUGUUGAAGUCUUGGAAAGUUAUGUAAAUUUGGGACCGAUUGUUGAUUUCUGUGUGGUGGACCUUGAGAGGCAAGGCCAAGGUCAGGUUGUGACGUGCUCUGGAGCUUACAAGGAUGGUUCUCUUCGCAUAGUUCGAAAUGGAAUUGGAAUAAAUGAACAGGCAUCUGUUGAGCUUCAAGGCAUCAAAGGCAUGUGGUCACUAAGAUCUUCCACUGAUGAUUCAUUUGACACCUUCUUGGUGGUUAGUUUCAUUAGUGAGACUCGAAUUUUGGCUAUGAAUCUUGAGGACGAGUUGGAAGAAACUGAAAUAGAGGGCUUCUGUUCACAAGUGCAGACUUUAUUCUGCCAUUUUGCUGUUUACAAUCAGCUUGUGCAAGUCACUUCAAGUUCUGUGAGACUGGUCAGUUCUACAACGAGAGAACUACUAAAUGAGUGGAAAGCUCCACAAGAUUAUUCAAUUAAUGUUGCCACUGCUAAUGCAACCCAGGUUUUAGUGGCAACUGGUGGUGGCCAUUUAGUCUACCUGGAAAUUGGCGAUGGAGUACUGACAGAAACUAAACAUGCUCAGUUGGAGUGUGAGAUAUCAUGUCUUGACAUUAAUCCUAUUGGUGAAAAUUCUACCUAUAGUCAGUUAGCUGCAGUUGGAAUGUGGACUGAUAUAAGUGUUAGAAUAUUUUCAUUGCCUGACCUGAAUCUCAUAGCAAAGGAGCAUUUGGGAGGCGAGAUAAUACCGCGUUCUGUUCUCCUAUGUUCCUUUGAAGGGAUAUCAUACUUGUUAUGCGCCCUUGGAGAUGGCCAUCUUUUGAACUUCUUAUUGAAUUUGAAUACUGGCGAGUUGACGGACAGGAAAAAGGUGUCUUUAGGAACCCAGCCUAUAACACUCCGUACUUUCUCAUCAAAGAACACCACACAUGUAUUUGCUGCAUCAGAUAGGCCAACUGUCAUUUAUAGCAGUAAUAAGAAACUCCUAUAUAGCAAUGUAAAUUUAAAAGAAGUCAGUCACAUGUGUCCUUUCAACUCUGCUGCUUUCCCUGACAGCCUUGCGAUUGCAAAAGAAGGUGAACUUACUAUUGGCACCAUUGAUGAUAUCCAAAAGCUUCACAUCCGCUCUAUUCCGUUGGGGGAACAUGCACGGCGUAUCUGUCAUCAGGAGCAGUCUCGGACUUUUGCCAUUUGUAGUUUGAAACACCAAGCUAGUGCGGAAGAACCUGAGACACACUUUAUUCGUUUAUUGGAUGAUCAAACCUUUGAAUUUAUAUCAACUUACCAACUUGACCCAUUUGAGUAUGGUUGUUCCAUUCUGAGCUGCUCCUUUUCUGAUGAUGCUAAUUUGUAUUACUGUGUUGGGACUGCUUAUGUUAUGCCAGAGGAAAAUGAGCCAACUAAGGGCCGAAUAUUGGUUUUCUUGGUCGAAGAUGGAAAGUUGCAGCUUAUGGUUGAGAAGGAAACUAAGGGGGCUGUUUAUUCUCUAAACUCUUUUAAUGGCAAACUGCUAGCUGCUAUCAAUCAGAAAAUCCAAUUAUACAAAUGGAUGCUUCGAGAUGAUGGUUCCCGUGAGCUGCAAUCUGAAUGUGGGCAUCACGGACACAUACUUGCCCUUUAUGUACAAACACGUGGAGAUUUCAUAGUUGUUGGUGAUUUGAUGAAGUCAAUCUCUUUGCUGAUUUACAAGCACGAGGAAGGUGCUAUUGAGGAGAGAGCUCGUGACUACAAUGCAAAUUGGAUGUCAGCUGUUGAGAUUCUUGAUGAUGACAUCUACCUGGGUGCUGAAAAUAACUUUAACUUAUUUACAGUCAGGAAGAACAGUGAAGGCGCUACUGAUGAGGAACGAGGCCGUCUUGAGGUGCUAGGCGAAUAUCAUCUUGGAGAGUUUGUGAAUCGAUUCCGACAUGGUUCCCUUGUGAUGCGCCUCCCAGAUUCCGAUGUGGGCCAAAUCCCAACUGUUAUUUUUGGGACUGUGAAUGGUGUAAUUGGGGUCAUUGCUUCACUUCCUCAUGAGCAAUUUCUUUUCUUGGAGAAGCUCCAAUCGAACUUACGGAGAGUGAUUAAAGGUGUUGGAGGGCUGAACCAUGAGCAAUGGAGAUCGUUCAACAAUGAGAAGAAAACAAGCGAAGCUAAAAACUUCUUAGACGGAGAUCUAAUCGAAUCAUUCCUUGAUCUCAGCCGGAAUCGAAUGGAUGAGAUCUCCAAGGCAAUGGAAGUUUCGGCAGAGGAGCUAUGCAAGAGAGUGGAAGAGCUGACGAGGCUGCAUUGAUAUCAUUAUAUUUGCUCAUUUUGCUUUAUGUUCUUUAGUUCCUUGGUUUUGCUAUUUUGUAUCACAUGUACAAAUUUAUUUAUUUAUUUUUCUGCUAUGAGAGGGGGCAUUUAUAAUGACAAAUUAAUCCUUGUAAGGGACUAAAAGAUGGAUUGUAAGAUAUGUUGAUAACUUAUUUCUAUCAUGAAGUUCAUAGAA